CUCAAUGGCUACUAUCGAGGCCUUUGGGGUAGCACUCACUCUAGGGUUGCCUAUUGGCAAUGCCCUCCCUUUAUCUGUGCUUACUCGAUUAGUAUCAGUGCACUUACUGCUCACUGUAGACUGUUACUGGGCUGGUUUAUCCUUUGGGGGGGGCAAGAUAGAGCCCCGGCUUAGGCCACCUGAGGAAAAGGAAGA